AUGCCACGCUUCCCUCUUCUCCAUCUUCCUACUUUGCCUCUUUUGAAUUGCAUUCAAUAUCUGAAAGUAUUCGAGAUAAUCGAUUUCUCUCUUCUCUCAAAACGAACUAAGGCCCUCGUCUCACUCGUCAACUGGAAUCAACCUGAUAUUCAUUUAUAUUUCAUCGAAGAUUCGCAAAUCUGUCUGAAAUUUCCAAACGAUCCAGGUCUGGAAUGGAUUCUAGACUUCGAAAACGAAUUUGAUGAUGAAUUGAAUCACACUUCAAGAGCAAUCGAUGGAAAUCAGUUUCCGUCAUCCAUAAGUUCUGCUCUCCACGGUCCGAAAGUAUUUCAUUAUCUGAACAUCGAUCGCAAGUUUCGAAAUACAUCAACAAAGCGAUCAGUUGACAAUGUCAAUUGUAAAAUGGUUCACAGUCGAGUGCUCAUUUUGGAAGAAUCCGAUUUGACUCUUCACGAUAUGAAUACUCUGUUGAAAUGUUGGCUGAACGGAUCCAAUCCACAACUUGAGUAUAUUUCUAUUCGACGAUCAAUAAAAGAGAAGAAAAUGGAAGAGAACGCCUUCCAGAUAGUAACAAAGGAUCUCGAGUUUAGGGAACACGUGGAGGAUGGAAAGAGACCAAUGCAAAUAUUGUGCGCACAUUUGGUUCCGGCGUCAACUUCAGUAUUGGAGCAACUUUCUACCAGAAAAGAAAUCGAUUUGGAGUUUUUGGAGGAAAUGCUCGAAAAAGCGUUCAUACAAUACAAAGAAGUUGAACAUGAACUCCCAGAGAAGGAUGUCGAGGAAGACCAAGCCAUUCCUGAGAGCUCUCCGUCUUCAUCCACGUAA